UACAUAAUGUUAUAAAUACGAUGUUUCUCGGCCGUUUAGUGUUGAAUCUCUUUCGGAGAACCUAUGAGCAAAUAAGGUGGAUUAUUCCUUCUCAGCCGAUGCAGGAAUCAGGUCAAAAAACAUCCUAAUCAUGUUUUUACUCCUUAAAUCAAUUCAUUGUUGGUAAACUGGACUACACUUCCCUAAUUGUUUGAUUUAGAAAAGUAAAAUAAUGCUAAUGACAAAAUGCAAAUGAAUAUAGACAGACACAAACUGAAUUGUAGGUUAAAAGCAAAGGAUCCAUGAGUAAGAUAGAAAUGUAUUUGAGAGAGAGAUUCACAUAACAAAUAGAUUUAUAUGUCAAAAAAUCUUGGCCAUUAAUCACUGUUGACAUUUAUUCUUUUGAAUUGAAUUGAAUUAAUUAAUUCUAUAGUACAUUAUCAGUGUUACAUACAUGCAUCAAUUGGAUGCAUGCACGAAUUAUUUCUAUAAAAAAAAAAUAUAUAUAAUUUUUUUUGUUUGAUUCAAAAAUAAACGUCAAAACGCACAGUCGUUUAGGAGCUGCGGCGUCGUUUUCUUUCUUCUCCGACGUAGUUUCGUUCACCGGCUCAUCGGACGGCAACAAUCAUCACUGUUCUACAACCAUUUGUAAUAUCCAAUAUGCUUUCAGGUUCAACCACUGGGAGCUACUUGGGACUUAGAGCCACAAACUUCCAUAGAAGACCAAUUCCAGGGUUGAGAGAAAAUAAGCUUCAAAUUUCUAGUGCAAGGUUCUGUCGGAAGUAUGCAGUUUCCUGCAAACUUACUGAGUUAGGAAACGAUUCAUGCUCAUUAAGAGAACUUGAAAAGAUUAAACCUUUGGUUAAGAUGUGCGGAAUUACAUCAGCUAAAGAUGCUGCUAUGGCGGCCGAAGCUGGUGCAAACUUUAUUGGAAUGAUCAUGUGGCCAAACUCAAAACGUUCUGUUUCACUUUCUGUUGCAAAGGAGAUAUCAAAAGUUGCAAGAGAUUAUGGAGCAGAUCCUGUUGGAGUAUUUGUGGAUGAUGAUGCAGAAACAAUACUAAGAGCUUCUGAUGCAACAAAUCUUGAGUUUGUACAGCUUCAUGGGUCUGGUUCGCGGGCAGCUUUUCCAUCUUUAAUUCAGGAAAAUCGUGUAAUAUAUGUUCUCCAUGCAAAUGGGGAUGGGAGCCUUAUAAACACAAUUCCUGAUGAAGAGUGUUCUCUAGUUGAUUGGGUUCUGGUAGAUGGCGCAAAAGGUGGCAGUGGUGAAGCAUUCGAUUGGGCCCAGUUUAAAUUACCAAAAAUUAGAAGCAAAUAUGGUUGGCUCUUAGCAGGAGGGAUCAAUCCAGCGAAUGUUUCUGAGGCUCUGUCUACUCUCAAACCCGAAGGGGUGGAUGUCAGUAGCGGCAUAUGUGCAUCAGAUGGCAUCCAGAAGGAUCAAUCAAGAAUAGCUUCCUUCAUGGAUGCAGUACAUUCUGUUCAGUACUGAGUCACCUUAAAUUCUUAUAAACCUCAAGAAAGGUGAUUUUGUAAUUUCAAAAUAUAUCCACUUUGUUUUUACGUCCAUUUGUAUCCCCAAAGUUCUUUCUUCAGAGAGACUGCUUUCUAGGCAUGAGAAUAUUGUAAUGCUGUGUGAUAUAUAUGGACACAAUUCAUUUACAAAUUUGAAUAAAAGUAUUUGAUGCGGAUAUAGUGAUAUGGCUGGACACUGGUGUAAAAGAGGUAGCAGUGCCUACUUUACUUUUUUUUGUUUCUUUUCCUUCUGCUCAAGAAAAAAAAGACAUCAAACACAGGUGGUAACUUGGAAAUGGGUCAA